AUGGCAAAGAUUCUCAUCAUCGGAACUGGAGGAGUCGGCACUAUUGCAGGCCUCUCUCUUACCCAGCAUGGCAAUGAGGUCACUUUUGUGGUGCGAUCCAACUUUGAGGAACUGAAGAAGACGGGAUACAACAUUGAGAGUUGUGACCACGGCGACCAGACGAACUGGAAGCCCCACCGAAUGGUCAACUCUGUACAGGAGGCAAUCGCUAAUGACAAGAACUAUGAUUACGUGCUGGUAGCCAUGAAGGCUCUGCCCGAUGUCUUUUCUACUGCCGACAUCAUCAGACCCGUUGUCGAGUCUUCUCCCAACGUGGCCAUUGUCUUGUUCCAGAACGGCCUCAACAUCGAGGAGCCCAUCGUUAAGGCCUUCCCUAACAAUGUCUGUGUCUCUGGUGUGUCCAUGAUUGGUUCUACCAACCUUGGAGCCGGCGAGAUCCACCAGGCAGAGCCUGACUACGUCAAGAUUGGAUACUUUGACAACGGAUCGGACAAGGCCCCCCAGGAGAAGCGAGCCAAGGAAUUUGUCCAGGCUUAUGGACCCAAGUUUGCUCACUACGUCGACGAUGUGGUCUACCACCGAUGGCGAAAGCUGCUGUACAACGCUACCUUCAACACCAUCUGUUCCAUUACACGAAUGGACUCAGGUCGACUGUGGCUCAAUGGAGUGUCUGAUUCUCUUAUCAGACCUGCAAUGGGCGAGAUUCGAGCUAUUGCCAAGGCAGAUGGACACAUUCUGACCGAGGAGGACGAGGACUACAUGAUUGAUUCUGACGGAGAGGUCUACUAUAAGCCCUCCAUGCUGGUUGAUGUCGAGAAGGGCAACCUGAUGGAAAUGGAGGUGAUUCUCAAGGCACCCCUGGAUGUGGCCAAAAAGUACAAUGUUCCAACUCCCAUUCUGUCGGUGGUUUACGAGCUACUCAAGUGUCUCCAGUUCCAGCUCAAGGAGGCCAAGGGUAUGGUUGAGCUUCCCGAGAAGCUCGAGCGAAAGAGCGCUCUUCACUAG